UUAACAAGACUGUUAUUGAUAAUUGAUUAUGAUAAAGUGUAAAUAGACAUAAUAGAACAAUUUUUCUAAUAAUAUAAAAAAUUAUGUGAAAAUAUAAUAAAAUUAAAGAAACAAGAUUAAAAAAGUUCAUUGUUUCCUAAUUUAGAAUAAUGUGAAGUGAAUGAAGUAAGUAAAAGCAAUUAAGAUUAAAAUAGAUGAAAUGGUGAACCAAUUUUUAAAAAUUUCAAAAAGUACAAAUAUCAUUUUUGUAGAAAAUAUUGGAAAUUUGUUAUUUUACAUACAAAUCAUUGAAAAAAAAGUGUGGCAAAUGCUUAGCAAUUAUUUAAAAGUGAUAAACAAUUAUUAAACAAUUGGUAUCCCUUAACAACAAAAUGUUUAUUAAAAAAACAAAGUUUUCAAAAAUUCUCAUUAGUUGUAAAGAAAAUUUCUGUGAAUUUGCAUACAAAUUUUGGAGAAAAGUCUAAAUUUUUUAAAGUUUGAAUCUUAUUUAUCGCAACAGCUAAAAUGGAAUUGCCAAUACAAAUCUCAAAUGAAUUGGAAAAACGUAUAUCAGAUGCUUUUUGUAUAUUUGAUCAUCAUGGUGAUAAGACCAUCGAUGUACGAGAAGUGGGUACGGUAUUACGUUUUUUGGGCUGUGUGCCCACUGAACAGGAGAUCAAUGAAAUAAUAACUGCUACGGAAACAGAAGAUUCUAGUGGUGAAGUACAUUUAACAAAAUUCUUGCCACAUGUAACACAAUUGCUGGCAGAACAUAAAAUGGAACCUGCUGAACCGGAAAAACUAUUAGAAGCUUUUCAUGUUUUAGAUCCCGAAAAUCGUGGCACUCUAACACGAGAAUACUUUGGUAAACUAAUGAUGGAAGAGGGAGAACCUUUUACCCAAGAGGAGUUAGAUGAAAUGAUGGCAGUGGCCAUAGAUCCUUUAACUGGUCUUAUACCGUAUGAAUUUUAUUUAAAUCAAUUAAUGUGAGUAUCUAUCAGAAGUUACCAUCUCUAUACGAGUUCGAUAAUUACGAUCACUGUUUAGCUCAGCCAUCCUCCACAUAUUGUUUAGUUUUUGCUGAAAUCCAGUCAAAUAUAGAUAAUGACAUCUGGUUGAAUAUUGAAAAACUUUCAAAUGAUUUAUUACAUCAUUUUCGUCAUGAAAAUUUAUUUUUUGGUGUUUGUGUUGAACAGUGUAAGGAACUGUUUAAUGAUAUGACUCCUCUAGAAAUAGAAAGUUACUCUGCAAAUAGUACUCUAGAUAAUGAGAUCACAAAAUAUCAUAUGCGUAUCCACAAACGUCAAGAGGAUCUUAAGAAUCAGUUGUUAUAUCAAAAACUUUUAGAAAAAUGUCUAAAUUAUCGUUUUCAACAAAAAUAUAAUUUGUCGUUAAGAACCAGUAUCGAGUAUUGUGAAAAUUUCGAAAGGACUAAUAAAUUUGAUGCUUUGGAUAUUACGUUUGGCACUAUAUUAAUAACAAUUAUAAUUCUUAAUAUAAUAUCGUCUCUAUACGAUUAUCGUUUAAAACUGCAGCAUGCAACCAUAAACGGUAAUAAUGAUUUUUACAAAAACAAAAUACCAGAACCAGCCUAUUAUCAACUACUAACAUCCUUUUCAAUAUGUCGCAAUUACUUUCGCAUAAUUGCUGCUGCCCCGCCCACAAAAAAACACCAUUACGAUCUAAAUUUUACUUAUGCAUUUCGUGUCUUUGCCUUAUUUAUAGUUAUUUUGGGUCACUGUAUAAUGCUGAUUAUGGCUGUACAAAUAGAAAAUCCUGAAUUUAUAGAAAAUUAUUAUUAUAAAGCCGAAACGAUGCUAUUUCAAAAUGGUUCUGCCAUAAUACAAAUAUUUUUUGUAUUAGCAGGUUUUCUAUUAAAGCUAAACUUUGAUGAAAAGCGCUUGAUCAGCAAGGAUUCAAGUUUGAAAAUGAGUUUAUUUGUAUAUAUACAAUGUUUUUUUAAUCGUUAUUUAAGGUUAUUGCCAUCUUUACUAAUGGUUAUACUAUUUAAUGCUACAUUUUUAAUACACUUGGAAGAUGGUCCAUUUUGGCGUCACACUUCUGAGUCAGAGUAUACAUUUUGUCGAGAAUAUUGGUGGAAAAACGUCUUUAUGAUCAAUAAUCAUAUGCUAGAAGACAGUUGUUCUCAACAUACUUGGUUUUUAGCAGCCGAUAUGCAGUUAUAUGAAUUGUUUCUAUUUACAGUAAUUCUAACUGCUAAAUUUGAAGUCUUGAGAAAACCUCUUUAUGUAUUAUUUUGGAUAUUAGCAUUUUUAGUGCCAGGAUUAUUAACAUAUUUCUAUAAAUUGGAGGCAAUACAUUUCCUAAAGCCAGAAACUUUUCGUUAUUUGUACUUUAAAGAUACCGAUACAUUUUAUUUAACAUAUCCACAAUUUUACUGUAAUAUGGGUGGUUAUUUGGUGGGCUUCAUGUGUGCUGAAAUCUAUUUAAAAGUAUUACUACCACAAAAACAUAAACUCUCCAAAUAUCGAGGUUUUAUGAAAUUUGAAAUAAUUCUAUUAUUUGUAAUUUUUCUAACUGGCAUCGGACUUCUUUUCUCCGGUAACUUGGUAUUGCAGAAUAAUUCGGAAAAACCUUCAGUGUGGUUGAGCUUAUAUGCCAGUUUAUAUCGUAAUAUGUGGGCAAUUUUUGGCGGUUUUAUUUUAUUGUGUAUGUUAUUGAAAAUGGGAUGGAUUGCCUACGAAAUCGCUUGUUUACCUAUAUUUCGUAUAUUGGGUCGAAUAUCUUUUCAAUCCUAUUUGUGGCAUGUUACUGUCUUAAGAUUUUUAGGGGGAUUUUAUCGCCAACCUAUAUAUCUGAAUGAAUUUUAUGUGGUGGGUCAAAUAAUAUUGGCCUUUAUAUUAACAAAUUUUGUUGCAUUUUUUGUGGCCCUAUUUGUAGAAUAUCCAAUCACCGGAAUUAUUCACUAUAUGUUGAAAAUGGAAAUACCGAAAAAUCAAAAUGGUGAAAGUGGCAACGAAAUGAAACCACAUUUAGCUCAAAUUCAUGUGUAAAUAAAGAAAAUUAUGAAAAUAUAAUAAAUGCCAAAAAUAU